AUGCAGUGUUCUAUCCCUUCUGCAUUAGUAUUUAUUUUCCUUUCACUCGCAUACGGUUCUGCAUUUGCAGCAGUUCAACAAGGCCUUAAGUAUUUCGCUCCAAUUCUCAUGAUUUUCUAUCGUAUGACUGCAGGUUUUGUUACAGCUUGCAUAGUUUGUGGUGUCAGAUGUUUAAUUCAAAAAGGAUAUUGGCAAGUAGUUAAGGCCCAUUACACGCACGGAAUUAAGCCAAUUCUUUGGGUUGCCCUUGGCGGACUUUUAUUCCACGGUAUUCCUCACUCUAUUAUUGCAGUUGCACAACAGUGGGUUACUUCCGCAUCCGUCCAAAUUGCUCAGCCUCUUGCUACAGCCUUUGGUGCUAUGUUAUCACAUUUCGUUCUUCCAGAUGAACCUUUCAACUGGCAAAAAGCCUUAAUUCUUUUCUUCUCACUUACAGGCGUUGCAUUAUGUUCCAUCCCAUCAUUCUUACAUUCAUCCGGCGGUUCAGGUGUCGGAUAUACAGCACUUGGUUGGGUACUUCUCGUCUUAGGUGUUGCCUGCUUCGGUCUCGCUCCUGUCGUUAUGAAGUGGAAGGCCUCCAACAGCGAUGUCAUGGCCUCAUCCGUCAUUCAGCUCGGUUCUUCUUCAGUUUUAACAUUACUUGUUUCACUUAUUUGGAACGGACCAAAGAAAAUUGCACAGCAAUCAAAUGACGCACCACCAAUUGCUUGGCUCUGGCCAAUCUUGGUCGGUUUCCUUGCUUCUGGACUUGCAGCUACAGGAUAUAACUACAUUGUCGCCGUCUGGGGUGCUAUUGGCGGUAACUUGGUUCCAUUCGGCCAGAUCGUCGUCGGUGUCAUCGUCGGUGUUGCUUUCAUGAAGGAUUGGGCUCCAUAUAAGGUUUGGGAAAUUCUUAUUUCCUGCCUUGGUAUUAUUUUACUCCUUGUUGCUAUUGGACUUGGUUUCUGGCAUCCAAAGGGAGAGGUUCCUGCAGAAAAGAAAGAAGAAGAAAUGAGUGGAGAUCUCGAAGAAAUUAAAGAUGUUCAGCCAAUUUCUCUUGAAGACGAGAAACCACAGGAUAAUGGAGAUCAUCCAGUCAUUGAGGAACUUUAA